UCUCUCUCUCAUCAUUCUUGGCUGAGAGUGUGGUGGCGUUAGUACGUCUUUAUCCCAUUUAAUUGGAAAUUAAAACCUACAAAUAUCUCUCUUCCUAUUAGGAGGAGGUAAAUUAUUCUAGCUGGAACUAGAAAUACCAACAAAUACAGUACAAAGAAAACAUCUAACCAGAAAUAUAAAUAAUUCAGUGUUCAUUUAAAAGGAAAAGGUGCAUCGUCUGCCUUCUUUUAACAAGUGAUUGACCUCGAGGUAAAGUCAACAACAGAAGUAGCAGCAGCAAAAGCAGCGAGACACAUAAAGACAAAUAACAUCAGAAACAUCAUCAUCGCCAACCCAAAACCAAGUGAAGCAACAAUUUUUGUAUUGUUUUUCGAGAGACUCGGAUGUCGUUGUGUUAGUGUGUCUAGUUAGAAAAGAAGUAGUCUAUGCUAGCUUCUAGUGUGAAGUGAUGUACUGAACUAGAAAACAAGUGCUUCUGGCUUUACUUGACUGCAUAGGAAUUAACUUGACUGGUGUUGUUGAGCUGCGUUCGGAACGGAGGGAAACGAAAAAGGUCAAGAAUUUUUAUAGAACAACAACAGCAAUACCACCGCAGCGUGGAGAGAGAGCGGAAUCAAGAAUCAGAGUAAGAAGUGUCGUCUUACCCCCACAAACUGAACAAAGCAAUCAAAAGAGUAAGGGGACCGAGCAAAAGGUGUGCGGCGACGGGGCGACAUUAUAAAGCUCCGACAAUGGGCACAAGUGGUUUUCAAGCUGAAGAAAAAUAUUUUGUGAAUCAUCCCACGUCAACUCAUGGAGUUGGGCCUGGUUCUGUAGCUGGCGGUUCAUCAACGUCAGUGCCCACCAACAUGAAUGUGGAGCUGUGUUUGGUUUGCGGCGAUCGGGCCUCGGGACGACAUUAUGGAGCUAUCAGUUGUGAGGGAUGUAAGGGAUUCUUCAAGCGAUCGAUACGCAAACAAUUGGGCUACCAGUGUCGCGGAGCAAUGAACUGCGAGGUCACCAAGCACCAUCGUAAUCGUUGCCAGUUCUGCAGAUUGCAGAAAUGUCUGGCCAGCGGCAUGAGAAGUGAUUCUGUACAGCAUGAACGGAAACCAAUUAUUGACAAAAAGGAUCCUAUGUCAUCGGCCUCCACUAGUCAAGGAUUGCCAGUGUCUGCAGGUGGAAGUGGCUCGACUGCAUCGUCAAUGAAAUCAAAUUCUAGUCCACAAUUCCAUCAGAGAUCGAAAUUGUCACCUUUGUUCAAUCACAAUUUAAAUGCAGCUGCAGCAGCAUCAAAUGCAGCCGCUGCGGCGGCUUUCUCUUCAUCUGCGGCUGCCGGGAUAUUCCCAAUGGGGUUAAAUUUUGCCGAACUAACACAAACAUUAAUGCUGGCAACCCAACAACAGCAGCAACAACAAGCUCAACAGCAGCAGCAGCAACAACAACUGUCCAGUCAAUCGUCUACCAGUUCCAACAAGCACAUGAGCUAUUCGCCAGAGCCUAAAAAUCAAAUUGAAGAGACCAAGGAUGACGAUGAUGAUGCCUUCGACAAUUCAACCACAAUGUGCUUGCAAAAUCUCUCCAACAACAAUAAUCAAAACAUCAACUUUAAUCUUGACGCCCUAACACCAAAUCCUGCAACAGUUGGUUUUAUUCAGACAGCCCUAGACAAGAGGGUCAUUGAAAAGGCAUUGCAGCUUCUGCAGCCCAUAAAACAACAAUUAGACAAUAUGUCAACUGGAGGAAAUGGGUUGUCCAUCAAAAAUGAACUUAACGAAGACGAUGAUAUGGGUGAUCAAAGUAGCAACGAGGACGAUUUCAAUGACACCAUGGACAUGGAUGAGGGUGGAGCUGAGUUCUUGGCCAACGAAGCAAUUUUUGAGAAUGAUUUGAUAUCUUCCAACUAUGCCAGUUUCAACUUACAAACGCCGGCUUUGGUAUCCUCCUACUUCAAUGUCCACUAUGUGUGUGAGUCCGGUUCGCGCAUUAUCUUCCUCACAAUUGUUUGGCUGCGCAAGGUGCCAGCUUUCAUGGAAUUAUCACAACGUGCUCAAAUAACAUUACUACGGUCGGCCUGGCCCGCAUUGCUGGCAAUCAGUGUGGCCCAAGUUCGUAACCUCUCCCAGCGUACCAUAAUAAGCACCUUGAUUACCAAUGUUCGUCAAUUGGCCAAUGAGAAAAUCGAGCCACAGAAGAUAAAGAAACUAAGUGAACACAUUGCUCGUCUAAAUUCGUUCAUACAAAGCAUUCAGUCAUUGGAGUGCAGCGAUAUGGAAUAUGCCUUUUUGCGUUUAGCCUGUCUAUUCAAUGGCCACUGUUUUGUGAAACGCAAGGAUCAGAAUUUACGCUCCUUUGUACAGCGCGUGCAGCAAUACAGUCUCACUAGUCUAAGAAAGCUGAUAAUGUCCCAAGAAAUACCCGCCUACGAAGCGGACGAACGUUUCAAUAACAUCGUUCUCAACCUUUUGCCGUUGAGUGCCUUAGAGUCGGAAGCAAUAGAAGAAUUGUUCUUUUCAAACUUGGUGGGUCAAGUGCAAAUCGACAAUAUGCUACCCUACAUCGUAACAUUGAGUAAUAGCAUAGGCAGUUUGAACUGUUAAGCGAACUUGUGUUUCGCCUUAUUGUUUUCCGUUUUUUUUUUCUUUUUUUACAUUACUAGACUGAACACAUAUAUGAAUUAUUGAUGAUAAUAAACGUGAGAAGCUCACAACCUUAGAUGUAGAGAAGUAGAUUUAAAGUUUCUUUUCAAAAAACAACAAAAGUUAAGUUAAUAAAGAGAAAAAUCUUUUUU